GAAUGUCGUGUACUCCUCUCGGACAAGACAAGUUGUCAAUUUUUGGUGUUUUUUCGCUAUAAUUCAACGUUUAUUAAAGCAAUAUGGGUACUCUUCAAGAUCUUCGAACAAGCACCUGGGCGUUUCUUGAAGUUUACGGAUGGAUGACAGUUUUUGUUGUGAUCUUAAUAUACAUUCUUUUCAAGAAGUAUAUUUAUGACUUAAUGGUAGCGAGAGAAGAAGAACGAAGGCUUAUCGAGCAGAAAAAGUUCGAUAGACAAGUUCAAGACAGAGAAGCCGAUAAGAUGCGAUUGGCAAGACAGAAACAACAACGAGAGCACGACGAGAAAGAGAAAAUUGAAACAUCAAAACGUGAAGAGAAACUGAAAGAAGAAGCCGAAAAAAGGCAACGAGAAUAUGAAGAACAAGAAAAGACUUGUAACGUACUUGGCCACUCGUCAUCAACAUCGUCUGUAUUAAAAACAUCAAUUAUCAAUAAAAACGAGAAAGCCAUCAAAAUUGUGGAGAAUAUUCCGGACUCAGCGCCAAUUGUGGUUUUUGGAGAAAGCAACUGUCCAGAGUUUAGAAAAGUUUGUCAAUUGGUGUCAACAUAUCGACUCGAUAUCUCGAAAUUUCAAGUUUUUGAGCAUGAUAAGCAGUCAGAUUGGCCUGGUGAAGAAGUAUUGAAAGUGAUGGAAAAUCGAUUUAAAACCAAAAAAUCCCCAUAUGUAUUCGUGUGCGGAGAGUUUAUUGGAGGCCUCGAAGGUAUACGAAACUACGAUAGAACACAUGGUCUGGAUAAAGUCAAAUAAAUUUUGGAGAGAUGAUAUCUUGAGAUCAUGUAAUUAUUAUUUAUUCAUGCCCCCUCGUUGCCAGCUCCUUUGUGAUAACUAGAUUAAUAAAAUACAUUCCGUUA